GCUGUUUCAAAAUAUAAAAAAAGAUUCACUUGUAGUUAACAUAACUUUAAAUAAGAGUCGAAAUAAAUUAAAAUGAAUAAAAUUUGCGGCAAUUUUAUAUCUAUACUACGUUUCUCCAACAUUGAAAAAACGUACACAACAUCAGUAAUUCUAGGACGCCGGCUUUCGUUUAAAAGUGAUUUGUCACUUGACAAAUUGUAUCCAAAUAGCCGUCUUAAACUUUUUACACCGCCACCACCAUCAAAUACAGGUGAUAAAUUUUCUGGAUUUAUACCCAUUAACCAACUGGAAAUUACUUAUAGCCGAAGCUCCGGACCUGGUGGACAACACGUGAAUUGCGUAAACACAAAAGUUGACUUGCGUUUUAAGUUAGCCAGUGCCGACUGGAUACCUGAAAAGACAAGGCAAAAGCUUCUGCUGUCCCUACAAAAUAAACUCACCAAGGAUGGUUACUUCGUCAUAAAAAGCGAUUUAACGCGUUCACAACAAAUGAAUUUGGCUGAUGCCCUGGAAAAGCUGCGCAACCUAAUACGUGAAUACGAAGUAGAGAAGGCAGCACCGACGGAGGAAACUUUAGAAAAAUUACGUCGUAGGCAAGAAAAAGCUGCUCGUGAAAGGCUAUUAGUAAAGCGACAAAAAUCGCUAACCAAAGCUUCCAGACAGGGUCCAAAUGUCACAGAUAUCUAGAUUAUUUAUGGAUUGCAGUAAAGUCGUAAUACAUUUUGAAAACAAAUAAAACAAUUGGUUUUUAAGCAUUUGUAACUUCUUUAAGGUGAAGAAAAAACAAUACAAAUAAACAUAAUUAUUAAAUUACUAUA